AUGCCUGAUCAUCUUGUACAGAAGCGUCCAGUUUAUGUUCUAUCGUCGAGGGCGGACAGCACUAGAAAGAAGUACACUUAUGGAUUCAACUCUUGGUGUAAGUGGUCAAAAUUACAUUGCAUUUCUUCAUUACCAGCUUCUACUGCUCAUUUUGCAUUAUACUUAGUUCAUAUAUCAGAAACAUUCAACUCUACAAGUAAAAUAGAUGAGGCUGUAGAUGCUAUUUCUUGGGCUCACAGACUGGCCGGUUUUCCGAACCCUUGCAAUUCCGACUUGGUUAUUCCUGUUCGUGAAGGGUCAUACAGAAAAAUUGGACACAAAAUUAACAAAAAAGAACCUAUUACAGCUAACAUUUUAUCAAAAGUUGUUCAUUUAUAUGGUCAAGAUUGUAAUAAUAUUAAAGAUGUACGCAUUGCAUGCAUGUGCUUAUUAAGUUAUGCAGGAUUUUUAAGAUUUUCUGAAUUAGCUAAUUUGAAAAGAUCUAAUGUAACCUUUUUACCUACUCAUGUUAAGCUAUUUUUAGAACAGAGCAAAACUGAUGUUUACAGGGAAGGUCGUGAUGUAGUUAUUUCUAAAACUGGAAAUAAUACUUGUCCAGUGGCUAUGUUAGUACAUUAUAUGAAGUUAGCUCAAAUAGCAGAAAAUUCUGACGAAUUUGUAUUCAGGUCUUUAAGUUAUUGUAGUAAAAGUGGAACUUAUAAGUUAAGGAAAAAUUCACCACUUUCAUACACUAGAGCUAGAGAAGUAUUGUUGAAUGCAUUAGAAACCAUCGGUUUAGAUAAAAAAAAACAGUUCGGUCUUCACAGUUUACGUUCAGGUGGAGCAACCGCUGCAGCAGCAGCAGGGGUUGAAGAUCGUCUAUUUAAAAAACAUGGGCGAUGGAAAAGGGAAAAUGCUAAAGAUGGUUUUAUAAAAGAAAGUAUAGAUAAUAGAUUGUCAAUAUCUAAAAAAAUUGGGUAUAUAAGAUAUAAUUAUUGCUGUAAAAUAACUAUUAUCUGUUCCCUUUCUUUGUUUUCAUUCGAUGAUUAA